GUGUCGCUGUUGUGUUUGUGAGGCAGAGAGUUGCGUGCGAAGAGCUCGACAUGUCAUUCAGUGGAAUCCGCCACCUGAAACGCGAGGAAGUGAAGGCGACUCAAUUGGGUAUAAAGCAUCAGCCAACAUCUGCCCCGAGCAGAGCGCAGCUGAUGAAAACAUCAGCUCGGAGCGGAGCACACAGGACCUCUGCGCUUUUAUUUGAUUUCCUUGGACUUAUCAUCAUUUGGCGUUACCGAGCCGGUGCACCCUGUGGGAGACGCGUCUCUCCCUUUUUUUCUGCACUUAGAGUGAAUGUGGCUCAGCGGCCAACAACACUAUACUGGAAUUAACUGACAUCCACACUGAUAUUGGCGCACCUGUUACCUCCGCGGAGCGCAUGACCAUGAUCCCUCCGGGAGACUGCAUGUACGCGGGCAGAAAGAGGAGGAAGCCCAUCCAAAAACAGAAGCCGUCCUCGAGCAGCGAGAAAACCAACCCGUCCAAGCGGCACCGGGACAGGCUGAACGCCGAGCUGGACCGGCUGGCCAGCCUGCUGCCGUUUCCCCCGGAUGUCAUCUCCAAGCUGGACAAGCUGUCCGUGCUGCGCCUCGCAGUUUCCUACCUCCGCGUGAAAAGUUUCUUCCAAGCAAACCAAGAGAAGCCCUCCAGGAAGCACAUCAUCAGCCCAGCAUCCUCUAACCCUGAACCCAGGAAAGAGAGUCUUCCACUGGGCAACAUCAAUGAAAGCAGCCUUCUCCUGGAAUCUCUGACAGGGUUUGCCUUGGUGGUGAGCAGUGAUGGGAUGGUCUUCUACGCCUCCUCAACCAUUGUGGAUUAUCUGGGAUUUCAUCAGACUGACGUGAUGCACCAGAAUGUGUUUGACUACAUCCACGUAGACGACCGUCAGGAGUUUAGACGCCAGCUCCACUGGGCCAUGUGUCCUCCGCAGCACCAGGGGACGUCGGCACACCAGGACACCCAGCUGGGUGCAGGGACUGGUGAGGACUUUGUGGUCAGCAGUCAGUUUAACUCUCUGGAGGCCGGGGGAAUUCCUCCUGAGCUCUCCUGCUUCCUCAACAGAUGCUUCAUUGCCAGAGUCCGAUGCCUCCUGGACAGCACCUCUGGAUUCUUGACCAUGCAGUUCCAGGGUCGACUGAAGUUUCUCCAAGGGCAGAAAAAGAAGUUGGGCUCUGGGGCCCUGAUGCCUCCCCAGCUGUCUCUGUUCUGCAUUGGUGUACCACUCCUACUGCCCUCCAUCACUGAGAUGAAAAUGAAGAACAUGUUAAUGCGGGGAAAGAACAAGGGAGGAGGAGGUGGAGGAGGUAUCUCUGCACUGGAGCAAGGAGAGCGAGGGGAACACCUCCGCAGACACUCCUUCAGUGGAGGGAUGGGCGACAUUGCGGACCCUCUGCUCCUCUCGUGUCCCACUCCUGGUGGCACCCAGCGAGGUCACCACACUCCCUGGACCCCGCUCUCCAAAGACAACGUCAAGUACCGCCCCGAUGGCUACUACAACCAGGAGGAGCCCCUCAACUACUGCAAGUCCUCCAUGGCGUCCCACAAAGGUCUCAGCCCGGGCCUGGGGGCCGGCUGGCCCCUGCGGUCCAACUCGGGCCCCAUCCGAGCGGGCCAGGGCGUUGGCUACGUCCCUUCUAACCGCAUGAACAAAGCUGGUCAGUAUGGGAAGCCAUACCGUCUUUCCCCGAGUUUCCACAGCAACAGAGGUGGCGAGGUUUUUGUGUCCAAGCUCUAUGGUAACAUCCAGAUUCCCACAGACCCAGAUGCUUACUGCGUGGACCUGGUGAAGAGCGAGAACGGCUUUGGAGAAUGCUACGACGGCCAUCUGAUGCCCGAGAUGCCCCCCAUCAAGGUGGAGCACGACUCUGACUCUGAAAAUGGCUGCGACGCCUACGGCCGACCCUGGGCCUGCCGCGACCCAGAUGCCAUAGAUCGUCGCUACGGUAACGGGAUGUACGACCAGAGCACUGGCCUGCCACUCAAAUCAGAGGCCGAUUAUUAUGAUCCACAGUUCUCGACCUGUCAGCGAGGGAAGGCAGGAAUCAGCCCGCCUUACAAUAACGGCAACUAUCACAACUAUGCAGUCAACAACGGCGGGAAUACCAACGCACGUCUGCUGAAGUGCGACAAAGACUUGGAAAGCAACAAUGACAACAACCAGUUUAGUCCUCAGAGACUCUCUCAUUCAGGGUCUCUUUGCAGCAACCAGUCCGUCAACCUCAUGGACUCGCACGUCUACCCGCAGGACCCUCACAAGGCCUACAUGCACCCAGACUACAACAAGCACGGCUCCUACGAGUUCAAAGGUCACGGCCUGAUCCACUCCAUCAAGCGGGAGCCCAUGGACUCCCCGCCGUGGUCUGAGGGCGGCCAUGACAUGAACCAGUCCAUGAUGGUCGGUCCAAGGAACGUUAUGCCAUGUGUGAUGAGCGCAGGGCACCAUAAGUCCAGUCCUUACAUUUACAUGCCGUAAGAAUGAAUGGAGGGUGACCCAUGCAUACACCCAAGACAGACACGCACACACACACACAAACGCACACACACACACUCACACAAACACAAACAAUCAGUGUGCGUUAUAGUACUUUGUAUUAUUGUUGUUUUCAUACACAUGCACCAGCAGUACAAAAGGACAGUCUUUGGUUUUGAGGAUUCCCAGGAUGUCAUGUACUUCUUCAGUUUGAUGAAGAGGUCAGAAACAAGGCUCAGGUUUCUAGUGUUAGUGUCGUGACAAUCAGAAGUAAAAAAAUAAAUAAAUAAAUCCAGUGUAUGGAUAGAUGCUUUUUGUUUUUAAAGAAUACAUUUUGUAGUUGGUUCCAAGCACUUUUGGAGUUAAUGACAAUGAGACAGAUUAUGUCUGGAAACACCAUUUUAUUUUUUUUGUUUUAUGUGUUGUGCACACCUGGCUUUUGUGGGAGGAAGAAACAUUUUUUGCUGUAAAAAUACUUUUUUAAAACUUUGUACACAGGCGAUGAUUUAACACCUGCCACUGGGCUUAUGCAAGAGACAAGGCUGAUCAUGAGAACUCACAUAGGAGUCAGUUCUAACAACGUGAAGCAUCAUCUGCCUUGAAGAUUUAAAGGAGCUUACUGGUGGUUUUGCAUGUUCUAGUGCUUUGACUAUACAUCACCUACUUUCAUCAUUACGGCCAGAAACAACUUGUUUCUAUGCAUUUUACAAAUUUUUGUUAUCAACAUGCAAAUACUUGAAACUUACUUGAAAUCCACUGCAGUACAAAUUUUGGUUAUUUACAAAAUAAUUGCAUCAGCAUAAUUCUGCUAAUUUACAAACAAAGACAGUCCCCUUAUGAGACUGCAUUUACAUUCACUAGAUCCAUUUGCUUUUUUUGGGAUCUGCACCAAACUGCACACACUCAAAAAUAUCAGUGCCCUAAACAUGGUUGAUUUUUUUCCCGGAAACAUCCAUGAAUUAUUCUCUGAGAAAUCAAGUAAAAUGAUGCAUAACGCCCUAUCUCGCAAUGUCCACCCCUCCACAAAAUAUCAUGGAAAUCAGUUGAGUAGUUUUUGCGUAAGCCUGCUAACAAUCAAACAAAUGUAGACGAAAAAAUAAACUCAUUGGCGGAGGUAACAAUACAUUUGCAUCUCGGGUCUGUUUCCACCAUCCAUGAGAUUAUUGAGUGUCUGCUGAAAAGCAUUUUUUUUUAAUGCAUGACAACCAAAUUCAUAUUGUAUAUUUAAUAACUGUUAGUGUUCUGAACCCGAUUUUCCAAGAGCAUACUUUACAGAACAUUGCUUUUAUCCGAGAAUCCUUGAAUGCACUAUUAAGUGUAGUUUUGAAACGGUUUGCAGCAGAAUCCUCGACAGUGACGUUAAGUGCAGUAUAUGCAAUUUAUAGUUAGUGGACCAAAACAUAGAAAAAUAUUGGAGUGGCCAAAGUAGUUACAACCUGAAUAAACACGUAAUGGCAGCAGGGGGGCACAGUGAGUGUCCCGCUGAAGUGCUGUAGAGCAAGGCACUGAAAUUCCCACAGGUAACCAACCGCUCUGUACUUGCUCCAUGGCUCUGAUCGCCUUGUGGAAGGUAAUUAACGACAAAACUGAUUUAAAGUCAGUCGCAUUUAACGUUAAACAUCAGUAAACUGACUUGAAACGAGAGAACAAAUUAAAUCACGCUAUAAUUGACCUUUAAAUCCAACUUGGACCCAAGAAAAUCUUCUGCACCAGUUCAUUGACUUCAUUAAAUAUCAGUUGAAGGUUUGUUUGCACAAGUGUUAGACUGAAUUGAAGGAAAAGAGUCUGUCGUUACAAGGUUCGAAUUUCUUUCAUUGCGCACAAUAUUUCAUUUCUUCAUCAUUUUUCAAACUCCGGUUGAAUGUACAAAAUAAUCUUAAUUUAUGUCAUUUUUGUGUCACAUGCUAACGUUGUACAUUGUGGAGCUGCAUCUCGUCCCUGUACAAGCUGUCUCACUGCAGAUGUGACAUGUUUUCCUUUGAGAUGAAUAUACACAGACGUCGUCUUCACAAUCAGUGUUUUUUGCACAAAUUAAAUGAAAAGCACCAAAUCGAUUCAGUGUCGAGAGUCUCGCUCCUGUGACGCUACUGUAGUGGUUUCUAAAUUGCACUACCCGUUCAGCUGAAGGUCAAGCCGACCCAGACAGGUUUUUGAGUCAACGCACACAGUAAUACAUGGUGUCACUGAUUUGAAUUUGUAUUUUUUUUUCUCUUUGUGUGUGUUCAUUUCAGUAAGUGUUUGAUGAUUCGUAUUUAUUGUAAGAGGCAGAUGUGUAUAAUUUUAAAAAGAAAACUACAGUUUUGAAGACUUUUUCUGUUUCACUAAGGUAAAUGAAUAUGGCUUUUUUUCCCUCGCCCUCUUUUUGAUAAUUGUUAAAAAAACGUCUCAUGGAGGAGGUAGCUGCAAGGUAGCGAACACAGUGUACAUAUGCAGUGUCUUCCAGUGUUUCUAUGUGUUUUUGCAAAUGGGACUUAUCUAUUAAAAUACUUUUUCUUUGUAUGGAAAAUCUGGGUGAAGUGUUUUUCUUUUGCCAUUAAUCACACGAGUGAAGUGCCCGUUUUAAACCUCCCUGUUUGGAAUGGCCUACUCUCUUGGCCUGUGGUAAUGCUCCUCAAACAAUACUGUCACUUUUUAUUGUUUGUGUGCUGGAUGUUGUGUGCAAAGCUGUUUUUUAAACAGUCUAUGGUGCAGAGUGAAGUUAAAAACCUUGUGUUCGUUAAUCUGCAGUGAAGAGUUUUUAGUAAAUGUUUUUCAUAAAAUGAAAUAGAAUUUGCUUCAUUACUGUUCACGUGUGUGGUUUAUACAUAAGUUUGAAUGAUUCACUUAACUGCUGUUAGUUUUUCAUACAUUAUAUGUUGGAGAGGUCAAUGGAAUCUUCAGACCCAAGUUCACAACUUUUCAAAAUAAAUGCUCUGCAAUUCAGCUUGAUGUGUAGCAUUAAAGCAAUGAAACAAG